CGACCUUUUACCGUAAAGCUGGGAACGCGUGAGCCUAGCAAAAUCGAGUGAGGUCUCACUUCAUGAAUCCGUGAGUGGAGGCUGGCUUUACCGCAGUAAGUAAACGGCCCGAUCCGUGCUUCCGAGCCGGGUUUAGGACGCAGCAGCUCGGGUAAACAGGUCCCCGGACCCGGCUGCUUCUUCCUCGAUCCUUCGCGUCCAUGGGCGGCGGGUCGGUCGGCAGAAAAACACGCACUGAUGAUCAGCCAUGACGUCUUGGCAGACAUGGUUUCCAUGGGCACAGUGUCAGGAUAGUGAAGCUCCUUUUCUGGACCAGGACCGACAGAAGCACUGGGCGAAGCUGUUUAAUCAGCUGGACCUCAAUAAAGAUGGACACAUUGACAUCCUGGAGCUGAGGGCGGGUCUUGCAGGCCAAGGUCUCACCAGAGGCUCUUUGGAGAAGCUCGUGGAGACUGGAGACACCAACCACGAUGGAGUCUUGGACUUUGAAGAGUUCAUCCACUAUCUUCAUAACCAUGAGAAACAGCUUAAACUCAUGUUUCGCCAUCUUGACCGCAACAAUGAUGGUAAAAUAGAUGCAGCAGAGAUUCAAGUCUAUCUGCGCACCAUUGGUGUGAACAUUAGCCUGGAGGAUGCAACCAAGAUUUUGCUGAGUAUGGACAAAGAUGGUACCAUGACAGUUGACUGGAACGAGUGGCGAGACCACUUCCUCUUUAAUCCCCUAAAUAACAUGGAGGAUGUGGCACACUACUGGAAGCGUUCAAUGAUUUUGGAUACAGGCGAGCAGCUGACAGUCCCAGAUGACUUUUCAGUAGAAGACAGGAAAUCUGGUUUAGCAUGGCGGCAUUUGAUGGCUGGAGCCAUAGCUGGAUCAGUGUCACGGACUGGAACUGCCCCAUUAGACCGACUCAAAGUGUUCCGACAGGUUCACAGUUCGUCAGAUUUUAAAGGAAAUGUGCUGAAAGGCUUUCAGUACAUGUUAAAAGAAGGAGGACCAUGGUCACUGUGGAGGGGGAAUGGAAUAAAUGUCCUAAAAAUUGCUCCAGAGACUGCUGUCAAGUUCACGGCUUAUGAACAG